AUGGCCUGUAUGCGAGAUGGCUUUGAACCAGGAAGAUCUCUCGAUAAUGGGCGGUUCAUGACCGUCUCUCCCCUCAACCAUGGAUCUUUUGGCAUGGUGCUGGCCGCGAAUGAUACCUUCACCGGUGAAGAUGUCGCCAUCAAGUGCAUCACCAAGCCCAUUGCUACCGCGACUCAUUCGACCUGCCCCGCGGCUCUAGCCACCGACGAACGCUCCGAGGAGCUCACCAUCCACUCGAAGCUGCUAAAGCACCCCAACAUUGUCAACUUGCUUCACUACUUUGAGACUGGCAACCACCAGUACAUGGUCCUCGAACUCUGCAACAACGGCGAUCUCUACGAGGCAAUCCGACUUGGCAAGGGCCCUCUCGAGACUGGCCACGUUCGUGACUUCAUGUUGGAGCUGGUUAGCGCUGUCGAUCAUAUGCACUCCCACGGCGUCUAUCAUCGGGACAUCAAGCCAGAGAACAUCUUUUUGACCUCCACUGGCUCUUUGAAGCUGGGCGACUUUGGUUUGGCCACGACUGAUACCUGGUCCACUGAGUUUGCUGUUGGCUCCGACCGCUACAUGGCUCCGGAACAGUACGACGCCUCGGUCUACGGUUACGGUUAUUCGCCUGCUGCUGCCGACAUCUGGGCCAUCGGCAUUGUGCUGCUCAACAUCAUCUUCCAGCGCAACCCGUUCGCGACGCCAACUCAGCAGGACCCUCUGUUCGCCGACUUUGCUCAUGAUCGACAGAGCCUCUUCGAUGUUUUUCCCAACAUGUCCCAGGAUACUUACAACGUGUUGGUGCACUCCUUGGCCUUGGAUCCGGCCAACCGCUCUCUGGCAGCAGUGCGCGAGGCAUUGACCGCUGUGGUCAGCUUCACAAUUGACGAUGAGUCCCUCGACGACUUCUGCACCGAGCACUCUGAUGUCAUGCCUGUCGCAACGGCUGCGCGUGAGCCGCUUCGCACGCCAUCCCUUACCAGCCCGGCUAUGAGUACCGAAGGCUCGUUCCCAUGGCCCACUGCACUGCUGAAGACGCCUCAGAAGACUUCUCGUCAAUUGUCAACUAUUCGUGACGAUGAGAGCGAACUAUUUCCUGCAUCAGUCAACUCCAAGUGGUACGGCGAUAUCGACGCUGCCUCGCUCUCUUCCGCACUGGACUCUGGCCUGGGCAUGUCAUACAAGUCCACCAAGUCUUUCCAGUCGGCGGCGUCUGCGUCUACGUCCAUCAAGAGCAAGCCAGGUUUCGUUGGGUCUCUUCCCAUCAGCUUCACCCGUCCGUCUGUCAAAGCCUCUGCGUAUGGUGCCAAUGGCUUCUCUAAGAGCUGGAGCGAUUUGUACGACGAAGAGGAAGAGCAGACGCGCGACGCGUUCUCCCGGGAGGAUGCUGGAAACGAUAUUGAGCGCGUGGACACCGCCAAACCAGGCACGCCUCAAUUGCAGCACAUCAAGGACGAUGGCCGUGGCAGUGUGACGCCUCGCCAGGGACUCGUCGACAUGGAUGCCAACGCCCGCUCGGCUACUCCUAUGAAGAGUGCUCCUGCUGACGACAAGCCCGAAUUGACCAAGACCAAGUCGUCAUUCAUCCUUGACAAGUGGGCUGCCCUGGGAACUUUGCGACGCGCUCGGCAGGAGCCUGCCGCUUCUCCCAUGGCCGUGGCUACGCCACCCAAGACCAAGUACGCCGACGCCUUUGCCAACUUUUCCCCAUGGGGUAACAAGAAGGCGAAGACUCAAUCCAAGCAGCAUGAUGGCUCAUCGAACUGGCGCCAGAACAGUGGCAGCCCCCAGCGACUUCGUUCUAAUUCGAUGAACAACAGCAAGGUGUGGCAGGAAGACAAGAACUGGCGCGAGCACAAGCCGCCAUCGAUCAAGGCACCAUCACCACGACCAGGUCGACAACUUCACAAGCUGGAGUCUAAUUUCCUUGACGAACUUGAUGAUGAAGAAGAUUCUCCAGUGUGGGUCGGGGGUUAUGAGCUCCCGUUGUAG